AUGGCGCCGACAACCAAGAAGUACGACUAUAUUGUCAUAGGCGGUGGAAGUGGUGGGAGUGGAGCGGCUAGAAGAGCGGCGGGCUGGUACGGCAAGAAGACAGCACUGGUCUCUGCCGGUGUCUCGGGAGGCUGCUGCGUGAACGUUGGCUGCGUUCCAAAGAAGAUGACGUGGAACUUUGCCUCCAUAAAUGAGACCAUACACAAGAGCAAAUACUACCACUAUGAUGCAACUAAGGGCGUGCCCUUUGACUUCCACAAAUUUGUGGAUGAUAGGGAUAGCCGGAUAAAGACUCUGAACGGAGCAUACGAGAGCAAUUGGGCAAAGGACGGUGUCGACCUGAUCCACGCAACUGCCAAGUUCCUCUCCGAUCAUGAACUGGAGAUAACACCCAAUGAUGGCUCAGAAGUGUAUACACUUUCUGCCGACCACAUAACAAUAGCUACUGGCAGCUAUGCCACCGUCCCGAAGGACAUUGAGGGCGCGAAGCACGGUAUCACUUCGGAUGAGUAUUUCUUGAUCAAGGAGCUACCGAAGUCCAUGGUCUUCGUUGGAGCUGGCUACAUAUCCGUCGAGCUUGCUGGCGUCAUGGCUGCAUUAGGAGUAGAAACACAUAUGUUCAUUCGUGGCGAAACAUUCUUACGCAAGUUCGACCCCAUGGUCCAGGAUAUAUUGACCAAGCACUACGAGGAGAUGGGCGUCCAUAUACACAAGAAGCAUCCCGGGAUCAAAAAAGUCGAGCUACUCAACCCUGCCAAGGACGAGUCGGAUCCCCGCGAGAAGAAGCUCAAAAUCACCAGUAAUGAUGGCUCCGAGAUCAUCACCAACGAGCUCCUCUGGGCAAUAGGUCGUGGUGCGGAAACCCGGGGCCUUGGUUUGGAGAACACCGGUGUCAAGCUCGACAAAACUGGCCAUGUGAUCGUCGACAAAUUCCAGGAGACAUCGGUAAAGGGCCCUUGUUACAGUCUGGGGGACAUCACUGGACAAGCGGAGCUGACACCUGUUGCCAUUGCGGCAGGCAGACAGCUCGGCAACAGGUUGUUCGGACCAAAAGAGUACAGCGCUGCCCAUCUGGACUACGACAACAUACCAACCGUUGUCUUUUCUCACCCGACCGUGGGCACCGUGGGGCUCACUGAGCCCGCCGCCGUGGAGCGAUUUGGCAAGGAAAAUGUGAAGGUCUACGAAACAAAAUUCUCAGGAAUGUUCUACGAUGUGUUCCCGAAGGACAUCAAGGCGCAGUAUCCCACUGCCUUCAAAAUGAUUGUCCAAGGUCCCGAAGAGCGUGUCGUCGGCUUACAUAUCUUGGGCGAAGGCACGGACGAAAUGAUGCAGGGCUUCGGCGUGGCUGUCAAGAUGGGUGCACGCAAGCAAGACUUUGACAGCACGGUCGCCAUACACCCCACCAGUGCCGAAGAGUUGGUCACCCUUGCCCCGGGUAGCCGUAGGGAUGCAAAGUAG